CUCACCUGUGGCGCUUCUGUCGCUGUUCAUGUGUGACCCAGUCAACCCAGUCGCCUGUGCAUCCUCGGAUGAAAGAGACCUGCGCGAAGGACUAUACCUACCAGCCCAAGGGAAUACUCACCCGUUUCUCUAAGGUCCUAUCACUCCCGGCACCCUAGAUGUUGAGAUGAGCCAUGGCAACAGCAGCACUACGGACUAUGACUACCUCAUUAAGUUCCUGGCCCUGGGAGACUCUGGAGUGGGGAAGACAAGCUUCCUCUACCAGUACACUAACGGUACCUUUAAUAGCAAGUUUAUAUCGACGGUGGGAAUUGACUUCAGGGAAAAGAAAAUAACAUACCGUGCUCCUGAUGGCGGAGGCCGCAGCCAACGCAUUUACAUGCAACUCUGGGACACCGCUGGCCAAGAGAAGUUCCGCAGUCUCACGACUGCUUUCUUCAGGGAUGCGAUGGGCUUCUUACUCCUCUUCGACCUCACUAAUGAACAGUCUUUUCUUAGUAUUCGUUCUUGGCUCGAACAGCUGCGCACCCAUGCCUACUGCGAGAGCCCCGACGUUGUGCUUUGCGGCAACAAGGCCGAUAUUGAAGAUGCCCGAGCUGUGAGCGAAGAACGCUGCCGUUCGGAGGCUGCCAAGCACGGUUGUCCGUACUUCGACACGAGCGCAGCCACGGGGCACAACGUGAACCGAGCCGUCGAGACGCUUCUCGACCUGGUGAUGCGCCGCAUUCAGCGCACCGUAGACCGAGGCGCUCUGCCAGCAGCACGUUCGCCCGGGGACGAAGGAGACCCAAGAAGGCGCCUGGAGGAGGCCGAUGGACCGCUUAACAAGCCAGGAAACGGCUGCAGUUGUUAGUGUUAAGCCCGGAUACCACAAGUGGCACUGGCUGAUGGAGCCUGCAAGUAGGUUGAUGUGGCACACAUUUCAACUGCAUCCAAAAGAGAGGCAAAGCAGACCCGGCUUCAUCGCUCUCAUCAUGCCAGUCCUCCAAGCAAGAAAUACUACAAUGGGGCAUUCCAAAUGAGGGAGCAGCUCAUUUCCACGCAUUUAUUGACUUCACUCAUUGUUGGUGUUGAUUCCACUGCAGCUUGAGGUUGCAGAUAUUUAUUCUAUGCUACCGUUGCUCUCGAAACAUCUUACGGUCAUCGUUACUCAAACAUUGCACAACAGUCUGGUUAUAGCAUAGCAGAGAUAUUCGCCUUUAUAUACACCACAGCCUUUCCAGCUCGAAAUAAAAGCCGUUAUUGCAGGUAAUAGGAGCUUGUUACACUAUUAGAUUAGUAAUGUUGUUAUGACAGUUCUGAUCCACAAGGUUUCUGCCGUCGCUGAAACGAAAGAAGAAGAAAAA